CUUCUUCUUCUUCUUCUUCUUCUUCUUCUUCGGGGGGUUGGGGGUUGAUGGGUUUUCAAUUUUUUUUUUUUUUGGUUGAAGAUUAUGCAGGGGUUGUCACACAAAUCCCUGGAUUCAUGGCACUCCGUCAAUUCCUGUUCGUUCCAGCUCCAUGGUUGGAGACCUUUCCACCAGCAGCAGCAGCAGACGACCUCCACGCCCACCUUUAAAACCCUAGACUCCGCUGAUCGCAAAUCCAAUGGCCUCCUCGUCCACACCAAGCGCCCCUGCCUCUUCAAUAGGACGACUUCUUUUUCUAUCGAUGUUAUCGACAUAUCCCGGCUUACCUUGGUCGACGACGACAUGACGAUCUCCAGCGGACACCAUACUAGGAACUGGAGCUUUCAGUUCAUCGCGAAGAAGCGGUGGCGUCGUGGGUCGAGGUCGAUUUUCGGGAGGAGUAGUGAGCGGAGUGAGACCCGAAGGUGCUGCUCGGUUAGGGCUUCGGUGGCAUAUGGGACAUGUUCAGAUUUUCCAAUGGCAGUGGGGACGGACUCGAGUGGGGGGCCGUUUGGGAAUGGGGAUGCGAAUUGGGCGUCGGAUGUGAGUAAGGCGAGGAAUUCGAGGAAGGAGAGAGAUGGAGGUGAGGGUAAUGGAGAGAAGGAGAAUGUGGGUGUUGGGUUUGGUCCCACUGGGGGUUUUGAUGCUCAGGGGAAUGAGUCCGAGUACGGCAGUGAACCGGGUUAUCGCGGGGACGCGGAGUUCGGCUAUGGCGAUGAGUUUGAUGAGGAGGAAGAGGAUACUCGGGUAUUAUUUUGGGGCGAUCAAUUUGGAGAUGCUGAUUCUAUAAUAAAGAUAGUAGGGGAGAGUACAUUCGCGGAUCAAAAGUCCCAUCACAGAUGUCGGCGUAAGAAACACAAUUGCAGAAUGGUUGAUGCACUGAGGUAGCCAAAUUGAUUGGAGCAUACAAACGGCUUCUAUAUAUCCUUUUUCUCGGUCCAUUUUGAGAGUGAGAGGUUUUGGUGUAUAUACGCAAUUGAAUUCGGAUUUAUGCGGCAAAUUUGCAUUCUAAAAUCGUGUGCAAAGGAUUAUGAAUGUGCCAUUAGACUUGCUAG